AUUUUUCCUAAAUGAUGUCGGUGUUUAUGUCUUGCUCAAUUUUUAUUUUUAUUUUUUUUAUAUUUGUCAAGAUAAUUUCCUCCAGAUUUGGUGAUGCAUGCCAUUCUUGUUGGAUUGGGAUUCCUUUCAUUUUAGUUUAUACCUCUUCAACUUUAAAUUGUCAGUUCUCAUCUUAGGCCUUUUCCCCCCUUCCAGAAUGUCCAUUCUGAGCCAUUGUUUUCUAGGGCUGUUGGUGUUCGGUCUUAAUCUCCAUUUUCUUUUUCCCAACCCCUCCUCCACCGAAAAUAAGGAUUAUUAAAAUGAAAAAUUUAUAACUUUUUAGCUAGAACUAAGGUUUCUGAAUGCUCUGCAUAAGCAGAAAGCUGAUCAUGGAUCGUCGGAGUUGGCCCUGGAAGAAGAAAUCAUCUGAUAAGUCAAGUGCUGACAAAGCAGUUGCUGUAUCUGAAUCUAUUAGCAUCCCUACUUCAGCUGGAUCUCAGGGAGACAAGGUGAAACAAGAUAGCUACAAAAAGCCAAAUUAUGUUCAGAUUUCUGUGGAGUCAUAUUCACAUUUAACUGGAUUGGAGGAUCAAGUGAAAUCAUUUGAGGAUCAAGUGAAAUCAUAUGAUGAACAAGUGAAAAGAUAUGAGGAUCAACAAUUGGUAUAUGAGGAUCAGAUAAAGAAUUUAGAAGAUGAAGUCAAGGAAUUGAAUGAGCAACUGUCUGAAGCCCAUUCAGAGAUGACAACAAAGGAGAAUCUGGUGAAACAGCACGCUAAAGUUGCCGAGGAAGCCGUCUCAGGUUGGGAAAAGGCGGAGGCAGAAGCUGCAACCCUGAAAAAUCAUCUAGAAUCAGUCACUCUAUUAAAACUUACUGCAGAAGAUCGAGCCUCACAUUUGGAUGGUGCUCUCAAGGAGUGCAUGCGGCAAAUACGAAGUUUGAAAGAAGAACAUGACAAGAAUUUGAAUGAUGUUGAACUUGCAAAUACAAAGAAGUGGGACAAGAUGAAGCUUGAGUUUGAUGCAAAGAUUGCAAACCUAGAUCAAGAACUCCUGCGGUCUGCUGCUGAAAAUGCUGCUGUUUCGAGGUCUUUGCAGGAGCGCUCUAACAUGCUGAUCAAAAUGAGUGAGGAGAAAUCACAAGCAGAGGCAGAGAUUGAGCUUUUAAAAAGCAACAUCGAAUCAUGUGAGAGGGAAAUAAAUACUCUUAAAUAUGAACUACAUAUAGUUGCCAAGGAGUUAGAAAUUCGUAAUGAAGAAAAAAAUAUGAGUGUACGAUCUGCUGAAGUUGCAAAUAAACAGCACUUGGAAGGCGUAAAGAAAAUAGCUAAGCUGGAAGCAGAGUGCCAAAGAUUGCGUGGUCUUGUCCGAAAGAAGUUGCCUGGACCUGCAGCACUUGCCCAAAUGAAACUGGAAGUAGACAGCCUGGGGCGGGAUUAUGGUGAAACUCGAAUAAAAAGGUCUCCAGUAAAGCCCCCUAGUCCACAUAGUCCACACUUUUCUUCAUUGCCGGAGUUCUCUCUUGACAGCAUACAAAGGUACCAGAAAGAGAAUGAUUUGCUCACAGAGCGAUUAUUGGCAAUGGAAGAAGAAACUAAGAUGCUGAAAGAAGCGUUGGCUAAACGCAAUACUGAACUUCAAGCUUCGAGGAACAUUUGUGCUAAGACUGUUAGCAAACUUCAGAGUCUGGAAUCUCAAUUGCAAUCCAAUUCUCAACUGAAAAGCACUACGAGAUCUGGUCUGCAGACUCCCACUCUUGGUUCCUUAAGCAACCCUCCAAGUGUGGCCUCCUUCUCAGAAGAAGGGAAUGAUGAUGAAAUGAGUGUUGCUGGUUCCUGGGCUACGGCUUUGAUCUCUGAGCUCUCUCAUAACAAAAAAGAUAAGAGCAUUGAGAGUCCUCAAAGAGCUGAUAGUGCAAACCGUCUGGAGCUUAUGGAUGAUUUCUUGGAGAUGGAGAAGUUGGCAUAUUCAUCAAAUGACUCACAUGGAACCAUAUCCAGCCCAGAUACUUCUGGUCAUGCAAGAUGUGGUAUUCCAAAUCAGGACCAGAUAGCAGUUGCCACCGACUCAGAGUUACAGGCUAAAGAAAAGCCCGAGUUGGAGAAACCAAAUGGGGAUUCUUUGACACUGGUUCCACAACCUGAUGGAGAUUUAAUGAAUCUUAAAUCUAAAAUAUCUGUUUUACUAAUGUCAUUACCUAAAGAUACAGAUCCAGUAAAACUUUAUGAAGAGAUCAGCCUAGUUGUACAGGCUGUACGUGGUCCUUCACAUGAAGGCUUGGCAGUUGGUGUUAAGGAUGCAACUGGCUGCUCUGAUGCUACAUCUGAUCACCAGGCGAGUUCCAAAAAUCUUGAAUUGAUUGAGGGAAAUGAAACUCUUCAUGCCAAGGACCAAGAGUUGGCUGCUGCUAUUUCCCGGAUUUACGACUUCGUGUUAAUUCUUGGUAAGGAGGCAAAGUCUGUGCUGGGAACUUCUACUGAAGAGAAUGGAUUAAUCCAGAAGCUUGAGGAGUUCUAUGUCGCCUUCAAAGAGAUUGUAGGCAGCAAAAUAGAUCUAAACGAUUUUGUCCUUUGCCUUUCUGGUAUUCUUGGGAAAGCUGGUGAACUUCGCUUCAGUUUUGUGGGAUAUGAAAUUAAUGAUGCGGAAACCAGUAGUCCUGAUUGCAUAGACAAAGUUGCUUUGCCUGAGAAUAAGUUGGAUCAGUGCCCUGCGAGUGAGGGAUAUUCAAAUGGCUGUACCCAAUUUUCAGAUUCCACUUCUGAUCCUGACAUACCCCAUGAUGGAAACUCUGUCCCAACCUCUGAGUUGAACGUGUCAUCGUGGAAAUGCAUGCAGGAGGAGUUUGAACAGAUGAAAUUAGAAAAAGAGAACAUGGUUAUGGAUCUAGCUAGAUGUACUGAAAAUCUUGAAACCACCAAGUCCCAGUUACGUGAAACUGAAAUUCAUCUAUCAGAAGUUAAAUCUCAGUUGACAGCUGCUCAAAAGUCCAAUGGUUUAUCCGAGACACAACUCAAGUGUAUGGCAGAGUCUUACAACUCACUUGAAGUUCGUGCUGAUGAUUUGCAAUCUCGGGUUAACCUUCUGGAAUCCAAGAUAUCAAUGUUGGAUAAUGAGCUUGAGGAAGAGAGGAAAAAUCACAGGGACACCGAGGCGAGGUGCAAGGAUCUUCAAGAGCAACUGCAAAGGGUUGAAACCUCUCCUGCUGCUGAUCUGGAUGGCAAAAGUAACCAGGAGAGAGAGUUGGCAGCUGCUGCAGAGAAGCUAGCAGAGUGUCAAGAAACAAUAUUUCUUCUGGGAAAGCAGUUAAAAGGCAUGCGUCCUCAAACUGAGUUCAUGGGGUCUCCAUUGAACGAGCGGAGUCCAAAGGGUCAAACCUUUGCUGCUGAAGAAGAAGUAGAAGAAGAAGAAUUAACAACUAGUAAUGGCAUGAGCUUGCAUCAGCAAGUUGGUGAAGUGGGAAACGAGUCUCCUGUUCAUUUAGACAACCACCAAAUAAGUCCUUGGGAUUCUGAAGCAAACGAUCUAUUGAGAUCACCAAUGGGCAGUUCAAAAACCACCUCAAAACAUCGUCCCACAAAAUCAGGAUCGUCGUCUUCAUCAUCUAACCCAACACCUGAAAAGAACACUCGUGGGUUCAGCCGAUUCUUUUCUACGAAAGCAAAGUGAAGGUGAUGAUGAAAAAUCGUGUAGAUAACCGUGAAUUGCUUGGAGGUAAAUUUUUGUAUUACAUGCUUGUAUUUGAUGUUGAUCUGCCCUUGCUUCCAUAUAAAAAUGGUUAAUUUAGUGUAUGAAUUUGAUUAUUUUUAAUUUUUUUUGGUUUGUUUCACUGAACAUGAGAUGAUAAGUUUUUGAUGGAAUAUGUUUUUACUUGAA